UAGGGAGUUAUGCAAUCUGAUCAAAAGGGAAACAAUGCUCAUAUUAGACGAAUAAUUGUUAAUUAAAAUAUUUGUUUUCUGUUGAAUUGCACCAAAUGCGAUAUAAAACAACUAUGUAUGAUGGUUCCCAUAUGUUGAACAACUUCUUUUUGCAUGUCAAGCCAUAAAGUAUAUCUUCACAAAAAUCGGAAGAAAAACUUGUAUCGGUUUAUCGAAUUGUAUCAAUGCUAUCGCUUUAGUAGUGCUUUAUUAGUGCAAAUCUAGUCCUAAAAGUGUGCGAGUUUCGGUGUUUUGACAUGGGUCUCCUCACGAACCCAUCCAUUUCGCAGAAAGCAAAAUACUGCAAGGCGCUGAUCCGGCACAACGCCCUGAUAUGCUUCUCGUUCUAUUUGUUGGGUGUCGGCUAUUUUGGGCUGCUCCCAGAUCCUAACUUCAAUUCCGGAACGUACUUUUCGGAAAAUGCGCUUCUGCCGGGGCUGGUGUACUCGGAGAUCAAAGCGGAAACGGUGAGUCUGGCGAAAACGUAUGCCGCGGAAUUGGACCGGGAACGGGAGAACCAUCGAACCGGAAUGCCGUACGCCUGGCUUCUGGCCAAAAUGCGGAAGAUUGGACUGGAAACGCACACGCACAACUUUACACUGAACUAUCCACUGGGCGGAGGGAAGGUUUUUAAGGGGAAGAACGUUUAUGGGAUAUUGCGAGCUCCGAGAAUCGCAUCGACGGAAGCUUUCGUCAUUUCCGUCCCGUACAGACCACCGGAAACGGUACACAUGGAUGUGGCGGCUGGGGUUCCCUUGAUCUUGGCGUUUGCCGAUUUCGCCCGGAAGCAAAAGUACUGGGCCAAGGAUAUCAUUUUCCUAAUCACGGAACAGGAACAACUCGGGAUGCAGGCUUGGUUGGAAGCUUACCACGGUUCAGAGGACAAUCGGGUGUUGAAUGCCGGAUCUUUGGGAGGACGAGCCGGAGCAAUUCAGGCGGCGAUCAAUUUAGAAGUGCAGAGCUUCGACGUGGAUCAUAUCAACCUGAAGGUGGAGGGAUUGAAUGGCCAGCUGCCCAAUUUGGAUUUGCACAAUUUGGCACAGAAGUUAUCGCAGAAGAACGGAAUUCCAGCGGCCUAUCGUUUGUCGGCGACCAAUCAGAAGAAACCUAAUUCGUAUAGUGAGAAGCUUCAGAAUUUACUGUCGAUGGUUUUGAGUCAGUCUUCAGGGGUUCCGAAUGGCAACCAUGGCCUUUUCCAUCGUUAUGGAAUCGAAGCGUUGACUUUGGAGUGUGUGAAGCGGAAUGGUAAUUCGAGGAACUCAGCAGGAGUGGGAGCUCUGCUAAAGAUCGUGGAAGGAAUCAGUCGCAGUUUGAACAAUUUGCUGGAACGAUUCCACCAAAGUUACUUCUUCUACCUGCUGGUAACUCACGACAGAUUCGUUUCCAUCGGAGACUACAUGCCCAGCUUGGCUCUGAUGGCCGGGGCGUUGCUGAUCAAGUCUUUCAUUCACUAUCUGGGUUUAUACUAUUCGGAUGAUGCCGAUCAGAGUCAGGCAAGCUUGGAAAACGAAGAGGAUGAUGAACCAACGGAAACUUCGAAGCAUUCCUACGCUCCGGUUGGAAUAGUUCUGCUUCUUGCACACGCUAUAGGAGCCUUAACGACUGUCCUUCCCUUCAAUACGGCACUGAACAAUUACCUCCACGAGUCCAAUUUAUCAACCCAAUUCAGUCUGUUCGCCAUCAUGGCAUGCAUAUCGGUGCUCAUAUUGAUUCUACCUGGCUUUAUCACACUGGACGUUUUGAACGCGGAGAUCCUGCAGAUAGUCGUCCUUUUGGAACUGGGAACCGCUUUGCUAACGGUGGGAAUGCUGAAUUUCUCUCUUGGAUGGUUGCUUUCAGUGGCGAUUGUUCCGGUCAUCUUACUACUGCAACCGCUGAAACGAGGACUUUUUAAAGGAUUAUCUCGCAUGCUCUGCAUCUUAAUUCAUCCAUUAGUGGUGGUUUAUCUAGUCCUGUUCUGCGUUACCUGCAGUCUAUUUCCGGAACUGGCGCUGAAGGAUCAGCUGAAGAAAGCAAUCACCGGAACGAUGGACGGCAUUACCUAUUCCGUUGUGGAUUCAAUGAUCUACGGUAACUGGCUGUUCGAUUUGGUAGCACUAGUAUUUGUUCCGUCGUGGACCAUGUUGUGGUGUUUGAUGUUUGUAGCUAAGCAGCCAUCAAUAGAAGAGCGCUCUCCUAAGGAGCAAUAUCGAAAGGAAGUAGCCGAAGUAUUGCCGGAACCAAAAAAGGAUAAGUGAGCUAGGUAGACUAACGUUGAUCAAUUAAAAAUUAGUACUGCGUGGCUGCCAAAGAACUGAGUCAGUAAAUUAUAAAUCAAGAAAAAAUA